AUGGCCAGGAUGUUUGCGCUCUUGUGUGUGCUUUUGAUUUGGAUGGGAAGUGAAAAUGCACAGACAACUGGGUCACCAACUGAUGGUUUUACUCAGGUGACAUUAACUGAUGCAAAUAUUGAGAUACAAAAACCAUUUGAUAAGCAGGUGUCCAAGCGUUACAGCUUCGUUGAUGGCGUCCAUGACAUGUGGGUUUACAGAGAUGACAAACCUCAUAAUCCCAACAGUGGUGUGUUGCAGGGAAAGGACUAUAAAACUGGAGUGUGGCAAUUCGAGGGCGAGGGAUAUGUUCCGAGGGGGACGAAUGGAGUAUGCGUAAUGCAGAUUCAUGGCUAUGUGGGGCCCUCCACAGUGAUAAUGUUAGAUGCUGUGGAUGGAGAUCUAAAGCGAUACCAUGCCGAUGUAGUGUCACCUGAUAUUUUUGAUCGAUGGUUUCAUCUGAAUGUUAUUCAUGAUACAGACCAGAGGAAAGUCACCGUGUUUGUGGAUGGGGAGGAGAGGAUAACGGUUGAUGUGACAGGGGGUGACAGCUAUUAUUUUAAGUGUGGAGUGUACGCUCAGACCGACGAGUCAUCCUGCAUGGAAUCUCGUUGGAGAAAUAUCAAACUCUGGAGCAAAUAG